AUGCUGUCACCUGAUGCAGAGCAAGUUCUGUGGUACCUGUUCGAGGUGGAGGAGCUUGUUGAGGAGGUGCUGGUGGACAAGCAGCAGAUUGUGGAUGUGGACACUAAAAGGAAUAAAAACCCAGAGGGCCUGAGAGCCCUGCAGAAUGGUCUCAGCCUCUCUGAAGAUGUGGUUUGCUUCAGGAACAUGUUUGUCAAGAUGCCUCACCCUCAGGUGAAGGAAAUGAUUAAGCAAAAUCAGGAUCAUCUGGAUAAAUAGAACUAAUCCAAAAACAAUGAGGCCCAAGGCAAACCAGAGCCGAAGAGUUUUAACUUGAACCUCUUCAGUCAGGAUGAACUUAAAGUUCUCAAGUUCUUCUUGAAAGGAUGA